UUGGGCUCUGCACUGCUGCGCACCGCCUAAAGAGUGACUAUGCUGGCUGAACGAACGAAAAUUGCAAUUCACUCUCCUCAUUGCAAGACUGAUCGCCGACCAGGACGGACGUGUGUACAACCUUUCUCCGCUCGUGAUCUUAGCGAUCCUGUUCUGAUCUAGUUUCGCGAUUCUCGCCGUUUUCGAACGUGAUCGUAUCUAAUUUGCUGUUUGAUUUACUGUCUCGAACGCAAAACCCAACGUUACGCCACCAUAAACAUUAUCACCCAGGCCCACCAACUGGGGUGGUAUGUAACUGGAAGCAGGAAAAGCGUGCUUUUAUUUUCCAUUCGUGUGCACUGCGUGGAAUGUGUUAUUCGCUAUCAGCUCAUGUAAUACGCGUGUGAAAAGUUUAGUGGCUCCAUUGAAAGUGCCACAGACAAGGAAGCACACCGCAGCACGUGGAGGAAAAGUGAGUGCGAGAAAAUCAAAAAUCCAUCUCUCGGAAAAUCUUGCGUGCAUGGACCUCGAAUCUACCUCGGCUAAAGACGCACAGCCAAGAGCCGAGACCGUCACAUGUCAGUCAACCUUGCGGUUAUUUAUCUUUUUUGUUUGCAAUUCCAUUUUCCAGCGCACCUCCGCCACCAAGUGCGAUAUUUGGCGCGAUUAAUUAAAUCCAUAAAUUAAAAGUGAAACUCGUGCGAUUUGAGACGCGGUCAGAAGCAAAAGUGGUGCAUCAUCGCUCGCAAAUACCAGCCCAUAUCGGACGGUUGUUGUUGUUGUUGAGGUGGUUGCGGCGAACUCCAGUACAAGCGCGCUAAAGGUUUGACGUCGAUGAUCGACUGCAAUCGCAACAUAAUAAUUCCACGGCAUAAACGCUGAGUGUGGGUUGUAUGGAAAAGCUGAAUCAUUCGCAUCGAUAGAGGCGAUCUUGGAGGAAAGGAGGAACGAGUGGAAGAAGGCGAUUUUGGGUGAUAAUCAACUACCGAUAUCCGCAGGAAACUACCAAACUCGGAACCGAAACUUGUCGGGUGCGAAGAUGGCGUUCUUCAAGAGUAUUUGGAAAAACAAUUCCAAGCACAAAAAACUGUGCGAGGAGCUGGCCCUCGCCAACAACAUCCGGGACUUUUCGGAUAACCACGAAGAGCUGGAAGAUGGCUUUGGCGAGGCAAUCGCCUACAGUGUCAAGUAUCUGGGCAAUACGGCGAUUCCGACGCCACGCGCGGAGAACUCCACCGCCGAUGCCGUGAAGAAGAUCAUCACAGCUGCCAAAGGAAACAAAAAACUUCAACGCGUAACACUGUCGAUCUCGCCGAAGGGCAUCGAAAUGUUGGACCUUACAACGGGUGAAACUCUGUUGCAGGUGUCGAUCUACAACAUUUCCUACUGCUCGGCGGACGCCGCCCACGAUCACGUGUUCGCGUUCGUCGGCACUGUCACCAAUCCGGAAGCGGAGGUAAAGGAAAUGUGCUUCCGCAAGGACGCCGAAGAGGUCGAAUUCGAAGGACCGCUGAUUUGCUAUGCUUUCCUAUGCCAGAAGCGCAAAAUGGCCCAAACCGUAACGCUGACCGUGGCACGUAGCUUCGAGAGGGCCUAUCAGAUUUGGCAGAGCAAGCAAUUUCACGCCGAACGGAAGCGAAAGGAGCUGGCGAAGCUGAAUGCAACCAAUCGAGUGGAAAGUAGUAACAGCGGUAGCAGUAGCAGUAGCGGCAGCAACAGAAAAACGGGGCUGCGAGAUGAAGCGGACAGUCCUAGUUUACUGAUCGAUUUCAACUCGGAUCUGACGGCGGAGAUUUGCUCCAAGGAUCAUCGGGAGCUAUUGCAGAAUACUUGGGUUUCAUUUGAAGAUGAUCAAUCGCAAGAAUUCUUCGCAGUGCCAAAUCUCAAUACUGCCAAUGGAUGGAGCAGGACGGCUAUUUGCUCAAACUGAGGGAAUCUUCAGCUGACUAUGUUUAAGAUAGUUUGUAGUUGUUUUUUAUGAUUAUAUUUUACGAUUUUGAAUAAAACGAAAAUCCAAAAAAGAAACCUUCAUCGAGCACAAUA